UUUUAGCCUUGUGCGUAGUUUUCUGUCUUUCGCAGCGGCUUCCUGGUGAUGUCGAUAGCAGUUUAAUGAUUCAUCGCGCUAUCUUAAAAGCAGCCGCGGUCGCGGAGGCGCACAGACAUAUCGUAAACAGUAAAAGCAAUUCGAAAUCGUCUUCAGGUAUCUUCAACAUGAACUUAAUGUUGAAUCAACAUCGAAUACAACAUGAUCUAUGACUAUGGACGAACAUCAACAGCAUUCAGAAACACUAACAGGGCAGAGUAUACAAUAUGACGACACCACAAGCUCAAGCGGGGAGGUUGAGUCUCUACGUGGAGGAACAAGGGGAGCAAGCACUAGUGCUGCCGAAUUUUUGUCCUCGACUUUUUCUCUCAGAAGAUUCUCGGGAAGGGCUCCAGCCGCAAAAACUGGCGACGCCCAAGUACAUGAUAUUACACCCGGGACGACCGGGGCGACGGCGUUUUCUGCAGCUUCGUCCUCAGCUUCGGCCGCAACUUCUGCGGCCCCGGCAGCGGUCUCCGACGUGGGAGCGAGGAGCAACCCCGUCGUGCAAGCAAAGGAUUCGUUUGAUCCAGAUGUCGAGAACGACGCGGACGCCGAGGAUCUGCAGCUUGUUCGCCUUUGGUCGCGUUUUACAGAAAAUGCCCUCGGAAAAAGUGUGAUACCGGCACCGUCCUUGGUCCUGGGGGUGGAAGAGGAAGAAAGCCUUGUCUUCAACCAAGGACCUGAGCCUCCUGCUGUUGCGAUUGAUGCGACCGCGCCAAAUCAUGAGCUACAAGUAGUAGAGGAUGACGCCACUGGUAGUGGCACUGGAACUGGUGUUGCUAAUACUGCUAUUUUCACUGAUGUUGAAGAAACGACUGACGUACCACGAGACGAUGCAGGUGCAACUAACGUCAAACAAGCACGGCUCGGCGAAGAUGCCUAUCCCUAUCAUGCACAAGUGGUCACAAACGAUGCCACUGAGCAGGGAGAGCAGCAAGACGUAGACGCUGAAGUCGGCGCUCAUGAUAGUAGCAAUGCUUUCCGCAAGCACAGUUCCUUUUCUCGACGCCAUACUGGUGGAGCUCCUUCGUCUUCACGAUCUCCUUUGCCCGAUAACCUCUCGGACGAAGAGACGAACGCUGACGCUGGUACUGAAGAUCAAGAUGGAAUGAAAAGACGGCCAGCAAAUGGAGAUGCCUAUGCAACAGGCAGUGUUGACGAGCAGGAGAUAGCCGCCGCGCCGCUGAAGAGCACUUACCGUAGCAAAAAAGUCCUGCUACAGCUACUCAGAAGACUAGAGGAACAAGGGAAGACGGGCAGCGAUGAAACAACCAAUAGUACCUCCGCUUCUGCAGAAGAGGUGGAGAGGAUGGAGAAUGUUAACGACGUAGAUCAAAGUUCGGUCGCUGUUCAACUGCCGGGUGAAAAGUUUGUAGACCCGAAGCGCCCCAGUGUAAUGCGGAAUCUCCUCCGCCGGCUCAUUCCACCAAUGAUCGAACGGCAUGUCACGAAAAAUGUCAACGAACACACGUUUCCGACUUGGAGUGCGGAAGACCUCCUUAUCGCAAAGUACACGUGGGCGGCAAAGCUGACUCAUUUUCAAAAAUACGGCUCUUUUUCCGAAGGGAACAGUUUGCAGAUACUGGAAACCGGCGACGUCGGUUUCCCCGUCAUGCUUGAGGCAAUUCAGAAUGCAACGCACCGCGUCUGGCUGGAGAGCUAUAUCCUGGAUGAGAGCGGAAUUGCGGACCGCUUUGUGGACGCUCUUGUCGCCGCGAAGCAGCGUGGCGUGAAGGAGGUAGUGCUAGUGGUUGACGGGAUCGGCUCGCGAGACAUGCCCGAGGCGGCGAAGGCAAGACUGGUCGAGCAUGGCGUGAAACUUAUCGUCUUCAACCCGCCGGAUAACUGGAAAAGCUUCCUCUGGAACAGCGGCGCCCCUGCACCGGUGCACCAGCAACCUCCAUCCGAAGAAAAUCACAUUGGGGGGAAUGAUGCUAGCAAACACGAAGAUGCAAUCGCAACCACGGCCGUGAACUCUCUUUAUUCUGGUUCCGCGUCGAGCUCAACGUCGUCUACAAAUGUAAACUUUCUGCACCCGUGGCCAUUGCGUGACCACCGCAAAAUUUUGAUAUGUGACGACACAGGAUUUUGCGGCUCCUUGAAUGUGAUGAAGGAGGACUGUGGACCUGCGCUUGGCGGCUGCGGUGGCUUCUACGACGUGCAUGUGAAGUUGGAGGGACCGGUCGUGCAGCACCUCGCGGAAGUCUUUCUCGAUUCGCUCGCUGAGGCCGGCGAGGAGGCUUUUGCCCAGACUUUGACUGCAAGCGGUCCGGUUUUGGGCGAGAAGGAAAAGAACAUCAAGGCCGCGAGAAGGCCGUCUACUACUAGCGAAGAAGCCGAGGGUGUCUACAUCCAGGUGGUUCGAUCGAACAUGCGGCUACGCGCUCGGAAUCGCAGCUUGCAGAAGGUUUUGACGAAGGCUAUGUACGGUGCCCUGCAUUCCCUGCACAUCACUACGCCGUACUUCUUCCCCCCGCUUUUUCUGCGCCGGUCGCUUUGGAGACAAUUGCGCAACGACAGCAACGAUGUGCACAUGAGUUUUCUGCUAUCUGGCGUGUCCGACGUCUCCCCCAUUCCCUACGAUACUCUGGGCCAAAAGCACGUGAUCCGCAAGCUGCUCGUGGAAGACAAAAGGCGGGCCGAACGCCUAACAAGAGCGCGGACUAUGCAGCAGUACGAAGAUCAUGCCGACGACGAGAACAGGUCUGCCGGAAUAGGGGGCGAACUUCGUGCUGCCAGCGACCCACGACCUGGCGACGACGGAACUCGAUUGGAGGUGUACCUCUCCGAGAAUGAGCACAUGCAUGCGAAGAUCGUUGUGGUUGACCAGUUAUUUUCAUCCAUUGGCAGUUUCAACUUUGAUUGGUUUUCGGGGCGGCGCAAUCUCGAAGUGGGCGUCUGCAUUUUCGACCAUAAGGUCGCACAAAAGUUCGAAAAGCUGCACCGCGACAAACUGGAACGGGAAAGACAGCAGAGGGAACAAAAAGAACUGCCAGCUGGAGUAGAUGAACUACACAGUGGUAGACAACCGCAAACAUCAAACCAACAUGCAAGCAGCGGGCUCCACACUUGGUGGGGCGUCCCCCUUCCACUGGUGCCGGAUCGGCGGCCCACGGUGCGGCGCCAAACCUUGGAGCAGUGGGAGUACACGCACUGGUUUCCCCGCGCGGUGAGUUUCUGGGCCUACAAUUCCGUUUGGUUUGCCAGCUGCAACAUCUUCGACGGCCUGGACCACGUGGCGGCGCUCAAGCGGCGCAUGAAGCUCGUCCGCGAAGAGCUGCGGCGGGAGCGCCAAGCGCUUCUCGCCGCGGUACAGCAGGCAUCGAGCACUAGUACUUCCUCUAGGGGCAGCGGAGGUGGAAUAAACGCAAGGACCGCCGGGGGGACGAGGGGUUGGCUCUGGUCUGAACUUGAUCUCCGCCGCGAUCGGUCGCAGGACGUGUUCGCGCGCAGAGAGGCCGAACGCCGCGCCCGGGCGGAGGAGCGCUACGCUUUCACGCAAAUGCAAGCAGUGCAUGUCGUGUAGGAGCAAGGAAAGAAGUCAAUGUUUGUGAAUAUUACGUGGUGGAGCAGUGAAGAUGGUGUGUGCGGUCUUCGUCUUGCUGGAUUGUGACGACCAUGUUGACGAGCCCUUUUUUUUCGGAGAAAAAAACAAGAAAAAGAAAGAUCAUGAUGAUGAAUCAAGAACAGUGACUCACAAAUGGACAGAAUCAAAGAUCACGCUCUGCAACAUGUCUUUUUCGCUCCGUUUGCGCACCACUCCGACUGCACAUAAUGAUAUAGAAGGUGUUUAGUGUUUCAGCGGACCGCUGCAGCGACAAGAAAAUUAUGAUAUAGUACAGCCGUAUGGGGGCGGCUCAUCUCAUUUGGCAUAGGGUCUGAC